ACGAAAUCCGCCUCGCCGCCGUGAAACUCGAAGCUUUACGAUGAGUGGCACAAACUGCAAACAUCAGUUAGGAGUUUCUCUCCUGCAGAAGCUCUGCAAAGAUGAGAAGAGCAAUUUUGUCUUCUCGCCCCUGAGUUUGGGAACGGCGUUCGCUAUGUUGGCAGCUGGUCUGAAAGGAGACACGAAGGAGGAACUCCUCCAAUUCCUAGGAUGCAAGAACGAAACUGCCCUGCACGAAAUGUAUGCUUCCGUCUUGGCGAACAAGGAUUUGCCGUUGAAGAUUGCGAAUAAAUAUGUCGCUCAGGAUAAGGUCACAGUUUUGAAAGAUUUCGACGAGUUUCUCAAGACAAAAUAUCAGUCCGAGGUGGAGACCGUGGACUUCGUCGCCAACGGCAGAGCGGUGGAACAAAAAAUCAACUCAUGGGUAGCGGAGAAGACGAACAACAUGAUCAAAACUCUCUUGCCCGCGAAUUCUCUCACACCCGAUACCAUCAUGGUGCUCCUGAAUGCGGUUUACUUCAAAGGCACAUGGGUUCAAGAGUUCCAGCCCGUUCCCGGAAAACUGGACUUCACACUUAAAGAUGGGACGAUUGUGAAGAAAGAUUUCAUGACGAAGACCUCGAAGAAGUUCCACUACAGUGAAACCGACAAGCUCCGACUGGUCAAGAUCCCCUACAAUGAAGCGAAAUGCUACAUGAUUGUAGCUUUACCCAUCGACGGGACCAAGCACAUCGAUGACGUUCUCCAGCAGAUGAGUCCUGCCGAUAUGGCAACAGCCAUCAAGAAUCUAGAGAGCGGCGGAGGGCUCCCGGUCGAUUUGACAAUGCCAAAGUUCAAGAUAGAGUAUAGCUUCGAAACCGUCAAAAGUCACAUGCAGCAACUCGGUGUGGAUAAAAUCUUCAAGGCCGGCGUCGGUGACUUCAGUAAUAUGUUUUCGAACAGCGAGGACUUGGCGAGUCACGUCUCAACCAUCUUCCAUCGAGCUGUUGUUGAAGUCGACGAGAGAGGGACGAAAGCGGCAGCAGCCACGGCAAUUGUGAUGAAUAAGCGCAUGAGUUUAGGCAGAUUGCCACCCGAGAAUAUAGUUGUGGUCCUGAACAGGCCGUUUCAUUUCCAAAUUCUUUGCGCCGACUCCGUUGCUUUCGCGGGGAUUUGUCGAGGUCCGAUGUGAACAUAUAAUUUUCGAGUGGUACUCGAGAAGGUAUCCGUCUCGUCGGUAAAACACAAAUGUGUGAUCGAGGUUGACGAGAAGGGAACG